AACUACUCCUAUUGGCUGAGAAAAUCCAGCCCUGUGAUUGGCUGCAGCAGAAGAGCGCUGUCUGUUUCGCGCCUGGUUUGAAGUCCUAGUAGUUUUGCCAAUCGCCAACGUUCACACCGAUCCCGAUCCCGGGCCAUGGCUCAUCCGGUGCAGGGGGCGCGGGGGGACCAGCAGGAGAUGCUGGAAGAAGUGGAGCUACAAAUAGACGAUGCGGCCUUCUCACUGACAAAGUUACUUGAAGCAACGACUGCCGUAUCAUCCCAAGUUGAAGAACUUGCUGCCAAAUGCAAAGAGAAUGCUCGCUUUCUGAAAGCUUGGAGAGACCUUUUGAAGGAAGGAUAUCAGUCAUUGCAGCCCAAUACAUAGCCUUCUACUGACUGUGGUGGGUCCAAGGACAUGCAGCUCAGCUACACAAAUAAAUAUAUCUUUCAUCUGCUAGAAACACGUUUUCUGUCUGGUUCUAAUUAAAAAUAUAUAUAUAUAUUGCUACUAUUUGGAUGACUGCUAUUCUUCCAGAGCACAAUGCACUUUAAGUGUUGCUUCAUGUUGAUGCUAUUUCUUUUGUUACAUUUUUAGAAAAGUUGUCAGUGGUCACGGUGCUUGUUGGCUAAAUGUUCCAUUGUGUAAAACAGUAUUAACUACCAAGCUUAAAAUAAAUAAUUUUCUACAUUAA